AUGUCGCUGCAAACUUGCUUUGCCCGGCGCGGGAGCAUCAGGAGCGGGUCGCUUUUUACCUGCUUCUUCGCGCGGUGCGUCGUCCAGCAUGCGCGGCGUCUGCAUGGGACGCAGCCCACACCGUGGCAGUCUGAGGAUCGCGUGGCAAGCUGGUGCUGCAGGCUGUGGGGCCUCAAACAGAGCCGCGGCUGUGAUUCCACGCCAACAUCGUUGCCGCCCUCAACUCGUUCAUCGAUGCCGUCCCGUGCCGGCCCCACUCGGGGGCUGUUGGGUGAGGUGUUGAGUCAGACGGGGCUGGCGGAGGAGCUCAAGGCGGUGAUGGUGGGGGAAAAGGGGCGGCUGCCAGACUCCGUUGUGGAGUCGGUGUGGGACGUGUAUGACUCCAUUAUUCCCCCUGUCGUGGCCUCCGACAUCGCCCGGCUUGUGACACCCACACAAGAAGAAAAGUUUUUCGAGUUUGUGGGUCUUUUAGCGGAACUUGAUAUCAACCUCGCGGGCCUUAAGGCUGAGACAGAGAAACUGACCCGGUGCAUUGAUGCCGUUGAGACGCUUCUGGCGGACGUGCAACAGGGCGAAGCGAAGGAUGGGACCGGCGAAGGUGCUGGUGGUGCAGCGGUAUCCGAUGCGGCGGCGCUGUCGGAAAAAUUAGUGACGGCAAAGAACGACUUGCUGCGGCAGUGCGUUGCGAUACGAGACGCAGGGUCGCCGGUGCUUUACCUCUGGCUGAGGCAGAGUGCGUCGUUGGAACGUGGGAUGCCGCGGCUAAUGGACUUGCGGCGUUGCGUCACUUAUUUCAAGGGCCGAUGCCGUGAACGCCUCGCGGCUCUGCAGGCCCAGACGGAGUCAGGGGGUCCAAACCCUUCCCUGCCCGAAGUGAUUACAGCGAGAGGGGAGCAUAUUGAGCUUUGGAUCGUGCGGCAGCGUCAUGUGUCUUGGAUAGAUGGGGCGUUGGAGUUUUUGUUCAGCGAUUUCUUUGCGAAGGAGUGGCUGGUGAUGGAGGAGUUGACGUGGCACUCCACCCCGCCGUCGUUGCUGGAGCAGGUGAUUGCCGCAGAGACGGUGCAUCCUUUUGUUAACGGCCUGGCCGACAUGAAGAAGCGGCUGCAGCCGACCAACAAUCGCCACCUGUUUGCCUUUUUUCAUCCUGCGGUGGUGGAGGAGCCGUUGAUCGCCGUGCAGGUGGCUCUGACGCACGGCAUUGUUGGUUCCGUGGAUCGUAUUCUGGGACGACCGUCACCUCUUGACAGGCCGAAGCGGGGAACGGGAGGCGCAUGCAGUGAUGACAUGCGUGAUCAUGGCACUAGCGGCGGUGAGGUGGACACGGCCAUAUUUUACAGCAUCAACUCUGCCCAGUCCGCAUUGCGGGGCAUCAGUCUUGGAAAUUUGCUAAUUAAGCGUGUGGUGCGAGAGAUUGAGGCGGGGCUCAAUGCGAAGCGGUAUGCUAAGAAUUUGUCGCCCAUCACAACCUUCUCCACACUCUCGCCUAUUCCUGGCUACAUGUCAUGGCUGAGCACGGAGGUGGCCAAGCUGCAGCGGCACGUAAUGCGGCGUCCUGACCGUUUUUCGGUGGGUUGCUUAAAGUUUGCCACGCAUCGCAUUUUUGGUGACGCAAACAGGGAUGAGGCAUCUUUGUUUUCACAGCUUUCUGCGGCAGUGCUAGACUUUGUCAGGCGUCAUCCUGGCGCCCACGCUGAGCUUGCCGCACAGCUGCCUUUGUCGCCUUCAAGUGACGCGGCGGGGGAGGCAAACUUGCUCACCAUGCAAUUUCUGCUUCGCCUCUUCCGUACCCCUAACGUUGACACAAACGACCCUCAUCAUGAGGGUCAAAUUGCGUGGUGGGAGGACGACGACUUUGCACGCGCCAUUGAGGUGCCGUUGCUGCGAUCUGUGGCUCACUACCUUUACAGGGAGGAGCGGAGAGGUCGUAUUCUUGACCCUGUUGGAAACUUUCACAUCUCCAACGGGGCAACAAUGUGGCGGCUAAAUUAUUUGGGCAACUGUAGCGCCGCCGGCAGCGGCGAGAGUGCCACGGUGAUGGUGAACUACCUCUACGAUCCAGCACGGGUGGGUGAGCAUGUGAAAGCGUAUGAGGUGCACCGUACGGUGCCUGUUGGGGAGAAGGUUCUGCAACACCUUGGUGUAGCGUGA